UUGGAGAGCGCACGGCGCAUGCGUGAUGGUAGCGCGAUGGCCGACGCGAGCGAGCGGGAACGCGACGCGGGCGCGGCGCGUGCGCCCACCGCCACUGUGUCUAGCCUCAAGUCCGAGGACUCCACCGAGCAGUUGAUAUGUAAACCCAAAGUGAAAAAGAUCAAAUCGGUGAAGGGACCGAGUGUGACGUCCAAGAGUGUGGAAGCGGGCAGUGAUGACACUCCUCCGCGGAGGAAGAGACUAGUGGUGUGGUUGGGGCUGGCGCAGGUGGUGCUGGGCGCGCUGCUGGUGGGCGGGGGCGCGCUGGGGGUGGUGCGGGGGGCGGCGCUGGCGCGCGUGGGCGCGGGGCUAUGGGCCGGCUGCGUGGCCGUCGUGGCCGGCGUGGUCGGCGUGCUCGCCGGCAUCAACGACUGCUACGGACUGAACCAGGGGACCAACGGGGGUCCGCUGCUGACGGCGUUCAUGGCGCUGUCGUUGCUGUGCCUCGCGUGCGGCAACAGCUGCGCCGUGCUGGCCGCCACCGGGCUGCAGCGCGACACGCUGCGGGCGCCGCCCCCGCCCCCCGCCAGCUUCCAGGACGAGAUGGAAGCAUGGACGCCGGUGUUGACCAACAUCUUCAUACUGUCAGUGGCGGCGGCGCACUGCGUGGUGAGCGUGGUGAGCGUGUGCGCCGUGGCGCGACGAGUGUGCGCGUGCCUGCGCCCGCGCCGGCCGUACGACCACAACCAGUUCGACCCCGCGUUCAAGCCGCCGGCGUCGGGAGCCGGGGGCGGGGACGACCGUCGUGACCUCGCGCGCGAUCUGGAAGGUCGUCUGCAAGGGGAGACCAUGAAGAAGAAUAAGGAGGAGCCAACGGAAUUCGGCAGCGCCAACAGCAAGGAGCGGCUCGUGUCUCGCUGGCUGGGCGCGGCGGGUGCGCCGGCGGUACUGGCCGCGCCGCAUGCGCCGCACGCAGCGCACGCGCCGCAUGUGCCGGUCGCACAUGCGCCUGCGCAGCCGCCGCGCCGUCGCCCGCCCGGCGUUCGCAAGGCGCGCAAACCGCCCCCUGUCAUGCUGUUGCCUGCACAUCCUGCUAGCACGCUGGGCCGCGUGCCGCCCUGCGUGAUGGUGGGCCCGCGGUACGCGACGCUGCCGCUGCCGCCGGGACCGUACGCGCAUGCGCACGCCGUCAGCCACGCGCACGGCCCGCCGCCGCACGCGCAGCUCUACUACCCCGUACAUGACCCUCGUGCCCGACGUCGGCGAUCACCGCGUGAGCAUCGCGAGCGGCGGCGGCGCGAGGGCCGCGAGCGGGACUCGCAGCUCACUCGCUCGCUCGAGCGGAUCCACCGCAAGCGACGAGCGGAGCGGGAGCGGGUCUCCGACGCCGACCUCAAGCGGACAUACACCGGCCUCGACAGAGCGUACGCGGAGCAGUUUAUCGCGGUGUGCGACUCGAGCCGGCACGCGGCCGAGCAGCACGACUCGCUGGCUUCCACCUCCGCCACCAGCGACUCCAGCCACACCUCGCACGAGUAGACCACCGCCCACCACCACCCACUCCGGUCUACCGGGAGGGAUGUCACGCUUCUUAGGACGGCUAUAACAUAACAACCUAUAUACGUUCCACUACUGGGCUCAGUCCUCCCCUCCAUCAGCCGGAGGCACGGAACAUACUCCACCACGCUGCUCCACUGUGGGUUUUCCGAGGUGUUUUAACAUACUGAGGAACAUUUCUAUCUGCUUAGGAUAGUUUGUCUAACGCCUUCAAUAAUCGCGGGUCGAGACUAAUGCCAAAUUAAUGACAUAUUUUUAACUGUCACCUUACAAGAUUAUGGAAUUUGAUAGUCCGCCAUUUUCUUGGUGCAAAGUCUCUGUUUAUCUACACAUACAAUUUAGUUUAUAAAAACCAAAAUUUGUGUAAAUUCUACUCAAAAUACGCAACAAUAACGCAAUUGUUUUGAUAUUUUUUUUAUACUUAACACACGAUUUGGUACCGUACUCUUUUAUAUAUUUUUUACACUUAAUUAAUUAAGAGGUGUGCGACAAACGAAACGAUAAGCUUUUACUUUAGUCGUAGAUACCUACAUUGUUUAUAUUUUAUAAUACUCGUCUAGUUACGUAACGUAUUAAACAUAUCAUACCAAACUAAACCGUAGCGUAGUGCUGUAAGCCACACAACUUGUACAUAAUGCGGGAAUAACACGAACAAGCUUCACUAAUUUAUACUUAGAAGAUAGAUUAUACUACUAACAACUGCACUGAAAUGUUAUUAACAUCCACCUUCAAAUUCAGUUCUUAUUAUGAAACUGACGGCAAAUACUGAUUUUACAGACAGUAUAAAAUUAAGGAGAAAUAUGAGUUGUAUUCUAAUGUAAAGAGGAUUGAAAAAUACGCCGACUUGCUUUGAAGAAAGGUACAGUGUCGUCUUCUGCUUCCUCGAAUUUACCGGGAUACCUUCAUAUACCUACCAUAAGUAAUGAAAAUUAACUAAUAAAAAAAAAUAGUUUAUUUAGGUAAAACCUACUACACACGUAUACAUUUACAACAUUAAUAUGGCACCAAAAAAGGCCAGGGUUCAGUGAAAAUCUACCCAGAUUUUUUUUUUGACGUGACUUAUUGUAGAUUUGCCGCAGAUGGCAUUAACUACUUGGCCGGACAAAUGGGGAGCGCUGAAGGCUCUCACCCGGUACAACGUUUAAGACGACAGGCCUGAGGGUGCCCAGUUGGGCGCGAACCUCGGCUCAGGGCGUCGUCUGAGAGGAAAAAUAUUUGAAAGAAUUAAUCGACCCUAGUGGGUCGAUAGCGAUAAGCGCUGAAUGAGGGAAAUCGUCGACCACGCCGGCGGGGUCGGUAUCGGGGCCCUGAAGUGUUUGGUGUCGCGAGCUGAUUGGCUGCCUCUAUGGGUAGAGUAAUCGGGUCGUCGGGAUCGUAUAUUACGUCCUUCGGACGCCGAUACUUUUCAGUACCGUCCCUAAGCGGAAUGUACUCGGAAGCCGCAACUACCAGGGGAUUUGGGUGGUGCGGAGCAGAAUCGAAAAAUCGUUUGGAAGCUAAUUUGAGCCAUUGGGCAAUGUUUGGCAGACCUAGGUCAAUGUGCAGAUUUUCAUUGCGAAGGAUUAAUCUACCCAGAGGGCAACACCCCUUCUAAGUCUUUUCUUAUUAUCCCACAUAUAAAUACAUAAGAUAUAAGACAGACAUCACGCGAGUAAUAAACAAUCCGUCGCGUCAGUUUCAUGAUAAGAACUACCCUGUCACGUUACUAAUCAAAAUCAUGUAUACUUGUGUAAUAUCGUCAAAUAUCUGUGUUAUAUGCUAAUUGUAAGCCUUAUUUAUCUAACUAGAACUUAGUCGAAGUGAUCGACGCAUGCGCUCUCCGAUGUUUAUGCCUAUCUCGCUUCCUCCGGCGACGUGGUGUCAAGUUGCUACAAAACUUCAUUUGUUAGGAUAUCGGAGAUUACAUGAGUCUAUCAAAAACACAGAUCAUCCCCAAUAUAUACUACAUCAAGCAAGAGCUCGCAACGAAAAUGCGAAUAUGUACCUUACGCGAGUGUCUCCCAUGCGGUGUCUAUUGUGGGUGAUCUGUGAAUUUAAAUUUAUAUUAGCUGUAUUCUAGCGUCUAACAUGUACAUUUCUACUCAAGUCCAUGUACCUAAACGGUGCCAAAUUAUCGCGAGCAACGCUUUUGGUUUGUAAAUAACUGUAACAUCUAAAUUUGCUCAAUUCGUUUA